ACAAGUUGCAGCAUGUCCCUUCAGUUUUGUACAGGUGUACCGGCUCCUCCCCUUCAGUUUUGUACAGGUGAACCGGAUCCUCCCCUACAGUCUUGCACAGGUGUACCUGCUCCUCCCCUUCAGUCUUGCACAGGUGGACCGGCUCCUCCCCUUCAGUCUUGCACAGGUGUACCGGCUCCUCCCCUUUAGUCUUGCACAGUUGUACCGAUUCCUUCCCUUCAGUCUUGCACAGGUGUACCAGCUCCUCCCCUUCCGUCUUGCAGAGUUGUACCGGCUCCUCCCCUUCAGUCUUGCACAGUUGUACCGAUUCCUUCCCUUCAGUCUUGCACAGGUGUACCGGCUCCUCCCCUUCAGUCUUGCACAGGUGUACCGGCUCCUCCCCUUCAGUCUCGUACAGGUGUACCGGCUCCUCCCCUUCAGUCUU